AGAAGAGAUCAGCUGGCCAAAGUAUUGCGUCUGCAACAAAACAAGAUUUAUUUUCUGCUACAAGAGGAGUGCUCUGGUGAAGCUGUAGCUAUAGAUGAUUAUGGAAUUUCUGAAUGAGAAAUUUUCCAUGAAAAGCCACCCAGUUAAAAGUAACGAUUUAUAUAUGGGUUCAGGAGGCACUUUGGAUCAAGUUAUGGAAAGAUUAGACAGUGUACCCUUUUAUAACAAGACCUCAGCCAAGUGCGUGCAGGCCUAUAAUCUUCAAAGUAAUGAUCAUCAAGGAAGACUGGAACGAGCAUCACCAUGUGAUGACCAAAACUCAAGUUAUGGAGCUACGAAACAAGACGGGAACACUCUCCACACAGAACUCGGCAGGUCCAUGGAGAAUUGCUGCAGCUUGAAAGUGUCACCAGCAACACCAGGAGGACACGACAAAGACGACAUGGACGACAUGACUGAAAAGUGUGACAGCAACGUGUCCAGCAGCAAGAAGAGGAGACACAGGACAACAUUCACCAGUAUACAGCUGGAAGAAUUGGAGAAAGUGUUUCAGAAAACCCAUUAUCCAGACGUGUACGUGAGGGAGCAGUUAGCGAUGAGGACAGAACUUACCGAAGCUAGAGUGCAGGUCUGGUUUCAAAACAGAAGAGCCAAGUGGAGGAAAAGAGAACGCUAUGGCCAGAUCCAGCAGGCAAAAAGUCACUUUGCAGCUUCGUACGAUAUAUCAGUUUUGCCGAGGGCAGACAGUUAUUCACAGAUUCAGAACAAUUUGUGGACUGCUCCUCCUUCAAGUGGUUCGGUGGUUUCUUCGUGUAUGAUCCCACGCGACACCUCCCCCUGCAUGACGUCAUACCCUCAUUCACCACGAAGUGAUCAUGGAUACGUUGGUUUCACCAGCCAGCAAAACCAGUUUAGCCACGUCUCCAUCAAUAACUUUUUCACUGACUCUUUACUCUCGACAACUCCAAAUGGACAUGCUUUUGAAACAAAACCGGAGUUUGAGCGGAGGUCAUCUAGCAUUGCUGUUCUUCGAAUGAAAGCAAAGGAGCACACUGCUAACAUUUCAUGGGCUAUGUAAUAAUAAUAAUAAUAAUAAUAAUAAUAAUAAUAAUAAUAAUAAUAAUAAUAAUAAUAAUAAUAAUAUGAGGUGUUCCCUGAUCUGUUUAAUAAAACCAACUGCUGUAUUGUGGAUUAUACAAUGAAAACAUGCCAAGGAUAUCAAACAUUUGUUUCUAUUUGGAGGGGUGGGAGUGGGGGUAGGUUCCUCGAAUUGUAUUUUUAAAAGCUGUAAAAUGUUAUAUCAGAUAAAAAAUAUGUUUUAAUCAUUUGAAUGGAUAGCCUAUGCAGAUUAUUCAAAACCAACAAUAUUCAUGUGAUAAAAGCAUUGCUUUUAUACUUGCUGAUCAAUAAAUUGUAUCAAACAAGGUCAUAAGGUACUGUACCAAGCUCAGGUCUUUUUGGUAAUAAAUAAACAAGUACAAAUACAUUUUUUAAGGUGAACUGGGCUUUAAUAGAAUCUAAAUACAGGUUAUUUAAGUUCAGUACUUACUGUUAAUUCUGAAUGUGUAAGUAAUUAUGUGUGCCUUGUAGCAAACUUCCUUUCCCCAUAGCAUUCCCUUUCUGGUUUUGUGCAUUCUUUGCCAAUUUCUACA